CUCACGAACAAUCAGUGGUUUCUUCAUUGGUUAUCCAGAAAAAUCUAAGGGGUAUCAAUUUUAUUGCCCUAACCAUAGUACGAGAAUUGUUGAAACUGGAAAUGCUAGGUUCAUUGAGAAUGGUGAUGUUAGUGGGAGCUUAGGCCACGCAAUGUGGAAAUUCAAGAAGUUAGAGUGCAAGUAUCCUUGCCUCUACCCUCUUCUCAAGUUGUUGCUCCUGCACAUGUUGAGCAUGAUAACGAUUUGCAGGAACAACAAAUGAACGGUCAAGCACCACCUAAUAUUGCUAUUGAGAAUGAACCUAACAUAGAUGAACCACAAGAAAUCGCAUUAAGAAGGUCUACAAGAAAUCGAAGGCCUGCAAUUUCUGAUGAUUAUGAGGUUUAUCUUCACGAGUUAGAAUCUGAUUUAGGACUCUAUCAUGAUCUAGUUUCAUUUUCACAAGCCAUGGAAAGUGAGCAUUCUGAUAAAUGGUUAGAUGUCGCGAAAGAAGAGAUGAAAUCUAUGUAUAAAAAUGAAGUUUGGGACCUUGUUGAUUUUCCCAAAGGUUGUAAAAGAGUUAGUAAUAGAUGGGUCUGGAAGACCAAACACGACUCUAAUGGCAAUAUCGAAAGACACAUGGCCAGACUUGUUGCCAAUGGUUUCACUCAGAAAAGUGGUGUUGAAGCAUUCAUGGAAGAGUGCGAAGCAUUCUGUUAUUGCCACAUCCACUAUGGAAGCUGAAUUCAUAGCUUGUUAUGAAGCUACGAAUCAUGGUUUAUGGCUGCGGAAUUUUAUUUCUAGACUUGGAAUUGUCGACACUAUCGCCAAGCCGCUGAAAAUUUACUGUGAUAAUUCCGCAGCGGUAUUCUUCUCUAAGAAUGACAAGUAUUCGAAGGGUGCUAAGCAUAUGGAGGUGAAAUACUAUGUCGUUAAGGAAGAAGUUCAGAAACAAAGGGUGUCGAUCGAGCAUAUUAGCACACAGCUUGUGAUUGCUAAUCCAUUAACAAAAGGAUUGCCUCCUAAGACAUUUACUGAACAUGUCGAAAGGAUGGGAAUUAUAGGACGUCAUGACUAAACUUAUUUUAUGUUUCAUGGAUUGACACUUUGAGCUCAUUUAUUUUGUUUCUGGAAUAAAGUUAUGAAUCUUGUUUUAUUUAUUAUGACCAGUAUAUAUACAUUAUGCAUUAUGUGAACAGAACAAGAUUUUUGCCUUUAGUGAAGACAUUAUUGUUGGACCAUUAUGACUACCUUGUUAUGUGUUGUAUUGAGCAUGAGACUGGUUUUGUGGUACAUGGAAGGGACCAUGUCGAUAAAUUGAUAUAGAACCGCCAUGAUCCUAAUCUAGCUUUCAUACUUGAUUAUAACUUUAUGGUGAACCAAAUAUUAUAGAUUUAUCUUAUGAUGUGCACACUUAUGUUUAUGAUUAGAUCUUGUGAUAUAUAAUGACACAUGGACCAAGUGGGAGAAUGUAAGCCCAAUUCCCAUAUGUCACUAGGGAAUAAUUGUGGCCCAAGUGUAAUUAUCACUUAAUGAUCUAUAAUAUUUGGUUCACCAUAAAGUUAUAAUCAAGUAUGAAAGCUAGAUUAGGAUCAUGGCGGUUCUAUAUCAAUUUAUCGACAUGGUCCCUUCCAUGUACCACAAAACCAGUCUCAUGCUCAAUACAACACUUAUGUUUAUGAUUAGAUCUUGUGAUAUAUAAUGACACAUGGACCAAGUGGGAGAAUGUAAGCCCAAUUCCCGUAUGUCACUAGGGAAUAAUUGUGGCCCAAGUGUAAUUAUCACUUAAUGGUUUAAUAUAUAAGGUAAGUCCUAUAUUGGUUAGGUUAAUGAAAGGUAAAUUCCUAAUAUACCCUGAUGGUGGGUCUAUAUAAAGAAACCCUAGGAUUGGUCCUCUCUCAACCCAUUACGUAGAAUUUCUUAGCUAGCCAUCAUAGAAAUCUCUAAACCUAAAACCUAAAGGGGUCAAGAGGGAGAAACUCAAUUCCGGUGAUUACUACUCCAGCGCCGUCGUCGCUCUCGUCAUGGAUCGAGGUAGGUUUCCCCGAUCUAUUAUCGAUUCGUGAAAUAAUCUAAUUCUAAGAUCCAUGCUAUUAUGAUCUAUGUUUACAUGAGGGUGAUGGAAGGAAUGUUGAUAGGGGCAAAAAAGUCAUUUUAACUUAAUACACGGGCGACAAAUAGUAAUGACACGGGCGGCAAAUAACCCGCGCUCUUAAUUAAAGGAAAGGAUGAAAACAUAGUUGUCUUGUUACACCUAUGACCUAACUCAUUCCCUUAAAAGCUUAUAUAGUAUGUUAUAAUAUUGCGGGGAGGAUAGCUGGAUAGGGGUCAGAUUGCUGUUAAUAAAGAACACAAAAAAGG